AUGCCACCUAAGCAAAAAGCCACUGAAGAGUCAGGCAGCGCCACCAAAGUGGGCAAGGUGGCCAAGGCGGAUAAGGUCGACAAACCUCCACGGAACAAGCGAUGGGCUAAGAUUUCCGGAUCUGCCAAUGCAUACGAUGCAUACAACUUUCAGAUUCAGGCACCUGACGCAUAUGAUUACAUUUGCCUUUGCAAGCCGCUUAAUGACAGUGGAUACGAUGAGGACGACGAGUGGGACGACGAGGAUGAGGACGAGGAAGACGAAGACAAAUAUGAAGAUAAAGAAGAAAAUGUUGCGGACAAGCAAAAAAAGGUCCCUUGCGACAACGGCGAGACCUGCGUCUGCUUCAAGCCCGCUGCGGAGCUUCCGGAGCAUUCAUGGGUUGUCACUAAUGCAAGCAUACACAAGUUAACUGCAUUAGGAAUCAUGACCAGCUUGCGUCGCCCAGACGGAUUUGGGAUGUACAUAUCGAACGAUCACUAUGGUUUCGGUGUUCUUGAGGUGGGGCAGAAUCUUGUCCUUGAUUUUGAGGAAGCAAAGACUUGGAAGGAGAAGUGGACUAUCUGCGAGGCCACAGCUCUGUUCUUCGCAAAGGGUGUCGCCGAUCCCUUGUUCCAGGUCGAUGAUGUUCAAGGUGUGGAAGACUUUAUGGAAUUGAUUGGUGUUAUGUUCACCACGAUGCUAGCCAUACUGGAUCGCGAAGGUCUGCUAAAGCCCGAAUCGGAAGUGAAGAGUCUGGGCGUGGUCAUGGGGGCAUUCGUUCGUUUCAUUCUCACAGACAUCGGCCCGGAUCACAGCAUGGAUGCCGGUGAGCUCGACAAAAAAGUCCUUGCCUAUGCCAAGAAGUACAAUAUUGAACUCAAAGGCCUGUCCGAUCUUGAGGACGAGCUUGAGGAUCAAAGAUCAGUGGCUGAGGCGCUCGAACUUCCUGCGUCUGAUGACAAAAAUAGUGAUCCCUGGGGCUGGAAGAAGACCCUGUCGCAGUACAAGAAAGACUAUGGGCGGCCUAAGAUCGGAGGCGAUACCUACGAUAUCACUACCUUCACCCCUGCCGCUCGCAGGAAAGAGGCUUUUGGUAAUAAGGACCCCUUGUCCAAGAAGGACAUUGAUGCUCUUAAGGCCGGUAUGGUGAUGCAGUAUGCUUGA